AGUUUUCAAUUAUUGAAUGAAUCGCUUGACUGUUGUCAACACUAUUGCAAUAACUAUAAGGCGUUGACGUUAUUCGUGACUGAAGUCAAGUGAGUCUUGUUUUGACUUUUGAGUGACAUUUAGUCCAAUUGAGUGUCUAUUUGUUUACCGAUUUUUUGGUCAUAUAAGUGGUCAGACAUGAGUUCAUCCGAUCUGAUCUGGAGUCUCAAGAACGGUGACCUCGAGUCAGUUAUAGAGCAGUUUGAGUCCAAAAAAGUCGAUGUCAACGCUUCACUGGACGGCCGAUCGGCUAUUCAUUACGCCGCCGAUUAUGGACACACAGAUAUCAUUGAGUUUCUAAUCAGUAAAGGAGUUGAUCUUAACGCUGUGGAUAAACACGGCAUAAGUCCACUGUUGGCCGCCAUAUGGGAGGGACACACGGAAUGUGUGCGACUCAUGAUUACCAGCGGCGCACACAAGAGUGGCCGCACUCCCGACGGACAGACAUAUCUGGAAGCCGCGGAAAAAGCAGAGAUAAAGUCACUAUUAAAGUGAUACAUAAAAUACAUUAAUUUUUUAAUUUCUAUUUUAUUUAAUAUAUUAUUUGCUUUCAAAUAAAUUGAAGGCAAAAGUCAUGUGAUUUAUACGAAACAAUUAUUUUAUUUUUUGAUAACCUCUUGUCGUAA